GUGGCGGCGGCGGCGGCAGCGACGGCGGGGACCCGGACUAGGACCCCAGGGACGGAGGAGGGGGCGAGGGCCAGGCCAAGGGCAGCGGGACCAGUGGAGAGAGCUGCGACUUCAAAGAAAGAUGAGCUGGGUCCAGCAAUAUCAUGGCAGAAGGUAGCAGCAGACAGAAGCAGCUGGAAUUACAAAAUGGUAGCUUAGAGGAAGGAUUUGUGGUCCGUUCCCUGGAGAUCGAGCCCCAGAACAUGAUGGAGAGCCUAAGCCCCCGGAAAUAUUCGUCCAGUCUGAAGUUUAAAGCCAACGGAGACUAUUCUGGCUCGUAUUUAACCCUCUCACAACCCGUGUCUACCAAGAGAAGCCCUUCUCCCCAGGGCGCCAGUGUCAGGAGCAGCCCCUCCUUGGCCAAAAUCCAGGGAAGCAAACCGUUUUGUGAUGGAACUGACAAAAAUGUUUCCAUGAAACCUCCUGCUUCGUUCCUCAGCUCUGCCGUCUUUCUUAGUGGAUAUCCACUCGGGAGAGCAGAUUUGGAUCAUUAUACUAGUCGGGAGAGUGAGAGGUCCUCCAGGUUCUCAGAGAAGCCUCCCUAUUCCAGAUACAGCUCUAGGAAUAAAUCACACGACAACGUCUACUUUCUCGGGGGGCUGGAAGGAAGGAAAGCCUCUGGCUCGCUCCUGACCAUGUGGAAUGGAGGUUCCCUGAGUGGCGCUGGCUCCGCACCCGCCAGCAGAUCUGGGGCAGCGAGCAUGCCUUCAAGCCCCAAGCAAGCUAGGAAAAUGAACCUUCAGGAGAACUUGGCACUUCAGCCCAGGUUAAGCAGGCACAAGGAGCCAGCCUCUGAAAACGUCAGUGUGAGAACAAGGAAGUAUUCAGGGAGCAGCCUGAGUAAUAUGGGUGCCUACAGCCGAUCGCUUCCUAGGUUGUACAAAGCCACAGACAACCAGAUGCCGCCUCUCAGCCUGCCUCCAAGAAAUUCCCUGGGCAAUUCCAAACGAGGUCAGUUAGGGGAAAAGGAUCUACCUCAUAGCAUAGUGGAUAAUGACAAUUACCUUAACUUUUCUUCUCUAAGCUCAGGGAUUCCGCCCUAUAAAAUCUCUCUCUCAGAGGGAAAUCCUUACGUCAGCUCCACAUUCAGUGUCCCUGCCAGUCCUCGAGUGGCUCGGAAGAUGCUCCUGGCCUCCACCUCCUCUGAUGACUUUGACAGGGCUUCAUACUCAGGGACCAGCCCGAGUCAUUCCUUAAUUUCUGGAGAACCAGACCGAGUGCUUGUGGCCAGGAGAAACUUCUCUUGUGGGUCUAUGGAGUUUGAUGAUUCUGAUCUGGAAAGCCUAAGACAGUCCUCUGAAACUCCCCAGCCUGUCCUUCGAGAACGGAAAAGUAGCAUCAGCUCCAUCACAGGCCGAGACGAUCUGAUGGAUUAUCACCGACGGCAGAGGGAGGAGAGACUCAGGGAGCAGGAGAUGGAGCGACUGGAGCGGCAGCGGCUGGAGACCAUCCUCAGUCUCUGUGCUGAGUACACGAAGCCGGAAGGUCGACGGCUGUCCGCUGGCACCACGGUGGCUGAUGUACAGAAAAUCAACAAGGAGCUUGAGAAGCUGCAGCUGUCAGAUGAGGAGUCUGUGUUCGAGGAGGCUCUGGUGUGCCCCGACGCCAGGUACAGGUGCCAUCGGAAGGGUUCUCUUCAGGAUGUCGACGUUGUCGGCUUCGGGAGCCUCAGUCACAGCGCCAACUUCCUGGCCCCCAGGGGCAGCAGGAAUGAUGAACUGCUUGGUGACCUCACCAGGACGCCUCCACCAUCCUCAUCUGGAUUUCUGAAAACAUCCAAUGAGUCCUCCUACCUCAGUAUCCUACCGAAGACCCCGGAGGAUAUAGGUGAGGAACAGAGGACUCGGGAGUUGGCUGCAAUGGAAGAUGCCCGGAUGGUGAUUCUGAACAACCUUGAGGAGCUUGAACAGAAAGUCAAAGAUAUAAAUGACCAAAUGGAUGAAUCUUCCAGAGAGUUGGAUAUGGAAUGCGCUCUUUUGGAUGGAGAGCAGAAAUCCGAGACGGCUGAGCUCAUGAAGGAGAAGGAGAUUCUGGAUCAUCUAAACCGGAAAAUCACGGAACUAGAAAAGAACAUUGUAGGCGAAAAGACCAAGGAGAAGGAAAAGCUUGAUGCUGAGAGGGAAAAGCUAGAGAGGCUUCAGGAGCUUUACUCCGAGCAGAAGACCCAGCUGGACAAUUGUCCUGAGUCCAUGAGGGAGCAGUUACAGCAGCAACUCAAGAGGGAUGCUGACCUGUUGGAUGUUGAGAGCAAACACUUUGAAGACUUGGAAUUUCAGCAGCUUGAGCACGAGAGCCGUCUGGAUGAGGAAAAGGAGAACUUGACUCAGCAGCUCCUGAGGGAGGUGGCGGAGUAUCAACGGAACAUCGUCGCAAGGAAGGAAAAAAUUUCUGCAUUGAAAAAGCAAGCCAGUCACAUUGUUCAGCAGGCUCAGAGGGAACAAGACCACUUUGUGAAAGAAAAGAACAAUCUAAUAAUGAUGCUCCAAAGAGAAAAGGAGAAUCUUUGUCAUUUGGAAAAGAAGUACUCCAGCCUCACAGGGGGAAAAGGAUUUCCUAUUAACCCCAAUACUCUGAAAGAGGGCUAUAUCAGUGUAAAUGAGAUUAAUGAGUCAUGUGACAGUUCCACGAAUCUAUCCCCUUCCACUCAGUUCCCUGCUGACGCUGACGCUGCUGUCACUGAGCCUGCCUCGGCUGUGCCGGUGAGCCAGCCCCAGAGUUCAGAGCACUUUAGAAGUCUGGAAGAAAGACGAAAACAGCAUAAGGAAGGUCUCUAUCUGAGUGACACCUUGCCGCGAAAGAAAACCACACCUUCCAUCUCUCCACACUUCAGCAGUGCCACAAUGGGGAGAAGCAGCACCCCGAAGGCUCACCUGCCUCUGGGGCAGAGCAACAGCUGUGGCAGUGUGCUCCCCCACUCGCUGGCAACCAUGACCAAGGACGCAGAGUCUCGGAGGAUGCUCAGAGGAAGAAUGAACUCCUCAGCAGGAACAAUUAAUAAUUCCAAAAGUUCAAGUGUAAAAGGUUAUAAUCACCAACAGAUGAGUGAAGGACAGAGACAGAAACCUGAGUUUUACAACCGCACGGCCUCUGAGUCCAAUGUCUACUUGAAUAGUUUCCAUUACCCAGAUCACAGCUACAAGGACCAGGCCUAUGACACGUUGAGCCUGGACAGCUCAGACAGCAUGGAGACCAGCAUUUCUGCCUGUUCGCCGGACAAUAUCUCUAGUGCCAGCACAUCCAACAUUGCCAGAAUAGAAGAGAUGGAGAGACUUCUGAAACAGGCCCAGGCUGAGAAGACCCGGCUACUUGAAUCCAGGGAACGGGAAAUGGAAGCCAAGAAACGAGCCCUGGAAGAAGAAAAACGACGCCGGGAAAUCCUGGAAAAACGACUGCAAGAAGAAACCAGCCAGAGGCAGAAGCUAAUAGAAAAAGAAGUAAAAAUCAGAGAGAAGCAAAGGGCACAGGCUCGUCCUCUGACUCGCUAUCUGCCUGUCCGGAAGGAAGACUUUGAUUUGAGGAGUCACGUGGAGACGGCAGGCCACAAUAUUGACACCUGUUUUCAUGUGUCAAUCACAGAGAAGACCUGCCGGGGCUACCUCAUCAAAAUGGGUGGAAAAAUUAAAACGUGGAAGAAACGUUGGUUUGUUUUUGACCGGAAUAAGCGGACAUUUUCUUAUUACGCAGACAAACACGAGGCUAAAUUGAAAGGCGUGAUAUACUUUCAAGCCAUCGAAGAAGUGUACUAUGAUCACCUCAAGAAUGCUAAUAAGAGUCCUAACCCAUUGCUCACCUUUAGCGUGAAGACACACGACAGAAUCUAUUACAUGGUGGCGCCAUCACCAGAGGCCAUGCGGAUCUGGAUGGACGUUAUAGUGACUGGUGCGGAAGGAUAUACUCACUUCCUGUUGUAAUGAACUUCACCAAUGGUCCACUGCGGGGCAGACUGCAAUAGUCUCUUGCAAGAAUGAAGCCAUAUCUAGUCUCAGAUGGAAAGGCCUAGCAGACCAUCCCUUUAGCUGUGUACACUCGGAACUCUUUUCAUACUGAGGAGCCUUCCAUAAAAAAGGAAAACAGGGCUCUUAGUGAAAGAACUGGAGCUCCUUUGACAAAAAUAAAAGACAAAAAACAAAACACUAUUUUUUGAUAAAAGCAUCAUUUAGAUGUGCAUUUCUCAAAAACUUUUUAUCAGUGGAUGUUGGUUAAAUAAACUGAACAGUUUACACAAUGUCUGUAAAUAUGUACUUAGAAAUGUGAGAUUACUUUAGAACCCAAAUCAUUGCCAUUGGUAAUCAACUGCCUUCUUUGCAGGAAGUAGCAUUUUAUAAAAAUAAACAAAUAAGUUAGAAGGCAACAGAUUUUAGACAUUUUGCCUUAUAUUUUAAAUACUGCACCAAAACCAAAGACAUGGUGUGACUCCUGUUUAAAUCAGUGUUACUCCCUAAAUACUCUUUAAAAUGAUAUUUUGAUGCCAACUCUGUAGUGUCCCCCCCCCCCCCUCAGAAGCUACUGUGGAUAUAUUUUAAACCACUUCUUAAAAGAAUUAAAAAAAAAAAAAAAAGCUCCUUGUUUUGCGAAAAGACCAUCUCAGACAACAGAAACCCGCAACACCAGCAGUUUUAAUUAAGGAGAAUACUUAGUGGGAAGAGCCUGUUCCACUGAAGAUUUGUUCAUUCCUGGUGCUGAGAAUAAAAGCAACCAGUGGCCGAUUUUCUUUUAGACUGCCUAGUUCCUCUUGCUUAUGGGGCAAAGCUGUUAACUGUGCCCUCACAUGGCAUAAGUAUGAAACCAUCUCUGUCUCACUGAAAAAAGACAGCCAAAAUUCAAAUUAACAUUCUCCCUGCUAUAUCUUUUUGCAUAUAUCUUUACAAAUAGCCUUGUUUUUAGAGCUAAUUUUUUGUUGAAUGAAAUGACUUCGGGCAAGUCUCUUUUAUAAUUGUUUUCCAAGUGCCAUUUAUUUUAGCUUUUGUAUUUUGUGUUUUUAAGUAUGAACUCUUUCCUAAAACAUGCCAAAUGGAUAGAAGUAGAAAAUAAUGACAUGACUUACUCGUAUACGUGAAAUGAUUAGAAAUGUCCAUGAAAUUUUGUCAGGCCUGACGGGGUACAAUUUGUUUUUAAACUUACAGUGUACUUUUAUACCUGUAUACAUGUUACCAAUAAUAAGAUUGUGCAACUGGAUGAUGCAAGGUUUUACUUGAAUAAUAAGGGACAAAUAUCAUGACUGUAGGAGGCAUUUUUCAUCUGUGAUAUUUGCAGCCUUCCCCCUUCAACUCUAGGGAGCUAAAACAUUAAAAUGCAAUUGCUAAGAUUUGGUUGGUUAAUGUAAAGAUCCAACUUGUCUGUACUGUACUUUCUCCAUAGGAUUGUAAGGGUGUUCAAAUCAAUUUGCAUGUCUGAACCUUUUAGAUAUGUGUGUGUUAAAUGUAUUGAGUUUGGAUUAAAGUGUCGACCUGAUUUCACAAUUGAAAGUAAA